AAAUCAAGAGUUGGAUACUUACCCAACUGAGCCACCCAGGGACCCUCCAAAUUGGGUAAUUUUAUCAAAUUAAAAAAUAAAUUAACAUGUGCUAUUACUUCAAUUGUACUAAGAUUUAUUUUAAAUAAGGGAUGUGUAAUCUUAAAAUCAAACACAGAAAUAUACCAUUGAUAGAUGUAUCCUACUAUAAUGCAUGUACUUAUGCUAUUUGUCAGACAAUCAUGUAGCUGCAAAUCAAUUUAUGGUCCUUUAUCUCCCUCUAGCUUCUAAUUAAAGUUUUGCAGGCUGGACAUCUGCCCCCCCGCCCCAUCCCCCCAAAAAAAGCAAUUACAGAGAUUCUUAAAAUUUAGCACUGACUUAUGGGGUCGAAAGCUAAAUGAAAGGCCAUUUAAAUACAUAAAUAUAAAAGCUGACUCAAAUGUGGUACAUAGUAGGGUUCCUUCCUUGAAGGAACCCCCAGGGAAGGAAAUUGGACAGAGGAAGUCAUUGUCUCAAUACUCCAUCCCCCUUCUUGGUUUUAAAUCUGAUUGAGCCCUCAGUAACAACCUGAGUAACAACCUCAGUAACAAGUGGAAUGUUAAAAAAGUGUUGAUCCCUUUUCUAGAUUUUGGGUUUUAUAGAUUUUGGGUCUUUUAUUUUUCAAAACACCUGGUGUUAAAAGUGGUUAAUUCAGUUGAAUCUAGAGGGUAGGCUAUGGAGGAUUGAAACUGUGUUGUGUUGAUUAUUGACCUUUGCUCAGAGUGUUCUGUAGUACUCCUCUCUUCUCCUUUUUAAACAGACUGCACUUGCCACUUGCUUCUGCCUAUGAUACCUCCUUUCCAUGCUGUCAGUUCUUGCUUCUUGCUGGGACUUAUGCUAUCUGCCAACUCCUAGGUUUCUCCUGGGUGAAACUGUGGAGAAUCUAAUCACAUAUCUAGGCACCCUACAUGCUGGAAAAACUCUGUUGGCACAAAGAAAAGACUUGUCCACAGGCUCCAUAGUUUUGACAUAAGGCUUCCUGAUCUGCCAAUAGCUAAACCCUAGAGAGAGCCCUGAGCAGUUGAAUACUCCCAGAUUCCUUUAUUUAGCUAACAGGUGGCCCUGUAUCUUACAGCGGUGGCCAGAGUCUCACAUACAAUCAAUCUUCUGUUGGAGUGAAAGGAACAUUGUUGGCUUCCUAUAAACAUAACUAGAGCCCCUGAUGGAACCCUUUACUUAGGUUCCUCAGGAGUUCAGUGAUCCACCAGAACUGAUAAACAGUCCAUAGUUUCAUUCACCAGCAUUCUAUAACUUCCAUCUCCUUCACCCAAACAGAGGUUGGCACAAACUUUGCCAUGUGACUAAUUUCAGGAGUAAUUAAUGGAUCCCAUCCACAGCAGUGGCAGUAACUCCCCGAACUCAACCAAGCAAUGAAACCAGGUAGAGUGAAAGUUUGACAUCAGUUCAAGUUUCCUUUAUUUUGGGAUCUCAAGUACUCAAGACUGACAUCCCUACGCCUCCAUCUCCGAGGAUUCUAUCCUCUAAACCUGACACCCAGGAGUGAAUCAGUGCAGCCCAGCAUCCUCACCCAUAGGGGGCCCAGCUUUGUCUCUAUCAAAUGGUUUCAGCUCCACCCGCAGGGGUCUCUGUCUUAUUUCUGGCCAUUUGAUCUUAAGCACUGUGUUCCCUACGAUCCUUAACCAGAACUCUUGCAUCUCACACUGUUCAUCAGAGAUUUGGGUGCAGCAGUGGAUGGACGUCGUCGUCCUGAAAGACCCCCUGCUAGUGAGUACAAGGGCUGACUUGGUGGCAGGGGGCUCUCCUGAAGAGCUUUCUCCUGGUGAGGCCCAUCCUCCAGAUCUUGGGGUUGGAGGUCCAGAUGAGAGAACAUGAGGAUAUUCUUACCACAUCAUGCAGACAUGCAGUGGCCUCCUAACUGGUCUCCUCCUGUCCAUGUUUUCCUCUUUUCAAUUCUCCACACGGCAGUCAGGAAAUCUCAUGGUGGCUUUCUUUUAUUGAAAGCCCUUCCCUGUCUCACCUGUAUGCCCUUGUCCUUGCCAGUCUUUCCAGUCCCACCUUGUGCCACCUUCCUCCUGUGCUGUGUUCCAAUUUUUUUUUUUUUUUAGUUCCUCACAUUUAUUGCUCCCUCCUGCUUGAGCUUUUCCACAUGCCGUUUUCUUUGACUUUUCAACGUAUUAAUUCCCACUCAUCUUUUUGAGCUCAGUUCAAAUGUCAUCUCUUCAGGGAAGCUGUCCUUGAGUCCCCCAUUACUCCCUUUGUAGCUCUACAUCAAUUCCUUCCUAGUUUGUAAUUUUAUAUCUGAGCAAUAUUUCUGUCUACCUCCCAAUCAGCUUGUAAGCUUCAUGAAGGCAGAGUUUAUGUCUAUAAAGGUUUCCCCUGGAUCCCUGAGUACCCGCAUGGUAGAGGCUUGAUAAAUAUUUACUAGAUGAAUAAAUUCACGAAAAUAAACAUGGAAAAUUACUACUAUCAGAGACUCCACCAGAUGGUGAGUAGAUGUAGUUCCAUGACCUCAUGCACUUUCAGUGGUUCUGUCACAUGUGUGACAGCUAAGAAAUUUUUCAUUCUAUGUGACACAAAUUCGAUAUGACAGCUGCAAGAGUGGGUGCCUGGAUUCUUGUCCAGUUUCUCCUCCCUUGGUCUCUCUCUUCUUCCUUCUAGCUCACCCAAAAUACUCACUAGACAAGUGUGGACACAUACACAUACACACACAUGCACAUACAUACACACACACAACUUUCCCAUAGCAUACGAAUGGCAAAUUCUGGCUUCUUGAAUUCUAAAAAAUGUUUUUUCCUACAUUAUUUAUUUAGUGAGAUCUGUUAGUUGGCUUUGUUCUGUUAAAAACAAUAAUAUCAAUCAGAAAAUAACAUAACCUUUCUUUAAGAUUCACACAUUUCUUAAAAAUCUCAUUUCCUAGAGAUCUUAAUAGAAACUUUACACCACUUGGAAUUAUUUCCUAAGAGUACAUUUUUCACUCAAACUCUUUUCUGGCCACUUAACUUUUCACUUCGUCUAGAUUUUUUUUUUUUUCCUAAAAAUAUCAUAAGGUACUUGAGGGGAGAGUCUAUGGAUCUUCUAGUUUAUACUCUCCCCAACCUAUAUCUGUGCAUAAAAAGUAUUUAACAAAAUUCUUUCAAUUGUUUCCAGAAAGAGAAUUUAAGUUGAAGAGGAAAAGAAAAUGAAGUUAUUACAAAAUUGUAUAUUCUAUAAUUAUAUUUCAUGUCCUAUGACAAAGGAAAAUGAAGACUGUAGGCAAGAAGGUAAAUCUGUAUUCUAGUUGGUUGAGGUAAAAGCCAUGGUAACUGUGAAAGUAAGUUACUGUUAAUAACCAGAAAGAAGACAAAUUCACAAAUUAUCAUUUUCAUGGAAAAUUAUUAUUGCAAACUGCUCUGGAUUAAACAGUCCUUGAGGCUUAAACAUUCUAUUAUGGCCAACUUUAACCCUUAUAUAUGAUUAACACUCUUUUUACUAUCCCACUGAAUUUCAUAAACCCACGAGGAGGAUUCAGAGUGUAAGCAAUCAUGUAGAAGAAUGUAAUGUGAAUCAGAAGAACUUCCUGACUUCAGACUAUAGAUUCUCUGGGUUGAGAAGAAAGGUCAAGUCCAGAUGGCAAAUGAACAAGAGGAGAACUAACCUUGGUGGGUCACUGAAGAGGGAACUGGUCUUGCCCCACUGGGGAGGAGCAAACUAACAGAAGCACCAUCAUACUCACAAAGGAUACUUUAGACUACUGAAGAUGCAGUGUUAUCAGAGGUGUGGAAAAACAAUGUCAUUUCUACAGGGGAACUUGUAGAUGUCCCACGUCCAGAUUGGCAAUGAAUGAAAAUAGAAAUAAUAGCAGCUGCCAGAAGAGAGAUUGGUUGAUACUGAUCACAUUUGAAGCAACUGUUUGGGGGAGAGGAGCUUUGUAGAGACAGCUUGUAUUUGAAGAAACUGAAGAACCUGAUUUUAUUGCAUUAUGUCAGAAAUUAAAGAUACCAGAUCAUGUCAGAGAAAGAGCUUGGUUUACUUGGGAAAAAGUUUCAUCUGUGGAUGGAGUGUUGGAAGGUUAUAGUCAAAGGAAAAAGGAACUAUGGGGAAUCUGUAUCUUUAUUGCAGCAGUUGACCUAGAUGAGAUGCCAUUCACCUUUACUGAGCUACAGAAAAACAUAGAAACCAGUGUCUACAAAUUCUUUGAUUUACUAAAAGAAGUUGAUACGAGUACCAAAGUUGAUAAUGCUAUGUCAAGACUGUUGAAGAAGUAUAAGGUAUUGUGUGCACUCUACAGCAAAUUGGAAAGGACAUGUGAACAUAUAUAUUUGACACAACCUGGCAGUUUGCUAUCUACUGAAAUAAACUCUCUGUUGGUGCUAAAAGCUUCUUGGAUCACAUUUUUACUAGCUAAAGGGGAAGUGUUACAAAUGGAAGAUGAUCUCGUCAUCUCAUUUCAGUUAAUGCUCUGUGUCCUUGAUUAUUUUAUUAAACUCUCACCUCCUGCGUUGCUUAAAGAACCAUAUAAAACAGCUGUAAUACCUUUUAAUGGUUCACCUCGAACACCAAGGCGAGGUCAGAACAGGAGUGCACGGAUAGCAAAACAACUAGAAAAUGAUACAAGAAUUAUUGAAGUUCUCUGUAAAGAACAUGAAUGUAAUAUAGAUGAGGUGAAAAAUGUUUAUUUCAAAAAUUUCAUACCUUUUAUGAAUUCUCUUGGAAUUGUAGCUUCUAAUGGACUUCCAGAGGUGGAAAGUCUCUCUAAACAAUAUGAAGAAAUUUACCUUAAAAACAAAGAUCUUGAUGCAAGAUUAUUUCUGGAUCAUGAUAAAACUCUUCAGGCUGAUCCUAUAGACAGUUUUGAAAUGCAGAGAACACCACGAAAAAGUAACUCUGAUGAAGAGGUGAAUACGAUGCUUCCGCAGACUCCAGUUAGGACCGUUAUGAAUACUAUUCAACAGUUAAUGAUGAUCUUAAAUUCAGCAAGUGAUCAACCAUCAGAAAAUCUGAUUUCCUAUUUUAAUAACUGCACAGUGAAUCCAAAGGAAAGUAUCCUGAAAAGAGUGAAGGAUAUUGGAUGCAUCUUUAAAGAGAAAUUUGCUAAAGCUGUGGGACAGGGAUGUAUGGAAAUUGGAUCACAGAGAUACAAACUUGGAGUCCGAUUAUAUUACCGAGUAAUGGAAUCUAUGCUUAAAUCAGAAGAAGAACGAUUAUCCAUUCAAAAUUUUAGUAAACUCCUGAAUGACAACAUCUUUCAUAUGUCUUUGUUGGCAUGCGCUCUUGAGGUUGUAAUGGCUACAUAUAGCAGAAGUACAUCUCAGAAUCUUGAUACUGGAACAGAUUUGUCCUUCCCAUGGAUUCUGAAUGUACUUAAUUUAAAAGCCUUUGAUUUUUACAAAGUGAUUGAAAGUUUUAUCAAAGCAGAAGCCAACUUGACCAGAGAAAUGAUAAAACAUUUAGAGCGAUGUGAACAUCGAAUCAUGGAAUCCCUUGCAUGGCUCUCUGAUUCACCUUUAUUUGAUCUUAUUAAACAAGCAAAGGACCGAGAAGGACCAGCUGAUCACCUUGAAUCUGCUUGUACUCUCAGCCUUCCUCUCCAGAGUAAUCACACUGCAGCAGAUAUGUAUCUUUCUCCAAUCAGAUCCCCAAAGAAAAAAGGAACUACACGUGUAAAUUCUACUGCAAACACAGAGGCACAAGCAACCUCAGCCUUCCAGACUCAGAAGCCAUUGAAAUCUACCUCCCUUUCACUUUUUUACAAAAAAGUGUACCGACUGGCCUAUCUUCGACUAAAUACCCUGUGUGCACGCCUUCUGUCUGACCACCCUGAACUGGAACACAUCAUCUGGACCCUUUUUCAGCACACACUGCAAAAUGAGUAUGAACUCAUGAGAGACAGGCAUUUGGAUCAGAUUAUGAUGUGUUCCAUGUAUGGCAUUUGCAAAGUGAAGAAUAUAGACCUUAAAUUCAAAAUCAUUGUAACAGCAUACAAGGAUCUUCCUCAUGCUGUUCAGGAGACAUUCAAACGAGUUUUGAUCAGAGAAGAGGAGUAUGAUUCCAUUAUAGUAUUCUAUAACUCAGUCUUCAUGCAGAGACUUAAAACAAAUAUUUUGCAGUAUGCUUCUACCAGGCCCCCGACUUUGUCACCAAUACCUCACAUUCCUCGAAGCCCUUACAAGUUUUCUAGUUCACCUUUACGAAUUCCUGGGGGAAACAUCUAUAUAUCACCCCUGAAGAAUCCAUAUAAAAUUUCAGAAGGUGUGCCAACACCAACAAAAAUGACUCCAAGAUCGAGAAUCUUAGUAUCAAUUGGUGAAUCAUUUGGGACUUCUGAGAAGUUCCAGAAAAUAAAUCAGAUGGUGUGUAACAGCGACCGUGUGCUCAAAAGAAGUGCUGAAGGAGGCAACCCUCCUAAACCGCUGAAAAAACUACGCUUUGAUAUUGAAGGAUCAGAUGAAGCAGACGGAAGUAAACAUCUCCCAGGGGAAUCCAAAUUUCAACAGAAACUGGCAGAAAUGACAUCUACCCGAACACGAAUGCAGAAGCAAAAAAUGAACGAUAGCAUGGAUACCUCAAACAGGGAAGAAAAAUGAGGAUCCCAUGACCUCACUGGGCACCGUAUACACCUGUGGCCUCAUUGUCUCUCACAGAGCAGACUAUGUGACUCUCCCAGGUUCUGUUUACGGCCACAUUGGAUAUGAUCUUCAGCUCUUUUUACAGAUAUUGGAUCUCGAGUGUGCAGAUGGGCUUGCCUGUGCGUGCAGGGGAUUCCUAAGCCACUUGCAACGUCGUAGUCAGUAGAAUAUACAUUGUUAUUGCACAAGAUUGAAAAUCUUGUGUAAAUACUGCCAUUUAGAAAGUUGUAGCAGAUGUUUUCAUUUCCAAAAUAUAAUUGCUGUGCUCUACAAACGGCGAGGAUGCCCUGGGAGGGGCAUCCCAGCAACCCAGGCCUAUUUGAGUACUUUGUCUUUUCUUGUGGCAUAUAUGUGAUGUUUGCUAUUAUUUUAUUAAUUUAUAUUUAUAUAUUUUUUAAUUUAACAUGAACGCCCUUAGAAUAUGUGUCCUGUCUUCCAAAUGCAAUUUGGCUGACUACUUCCCCCUCACCCAAGUGAUCCUGAACUCUUCUGCUAAAACAGAUAUUAGAAACUAGGGAAAAAAAUUACUAAUUUUUACACAUUAGAUUUUAGUUUAUUAAUGGAAUUUGAUGUACUGUGUGCUUGUUUUAUAAAUUUUAGUUUUAAAAUACAAGCAGAAAGCAGAGUAUAAACAAAUGAUGUUGUCAUACUACUGAUACAGAUUUCAUACCUCAGGACUUGUAAGAAUUUAUUGAUCCUUUUCUCCAUCCAACUCCUGCUUUAAAGUGAGGGUUAUUAAUAGUACUCUUGGUUUUUAUAAACCAUUCAGAACCCCGAAUUCAGGAAGUACCCAUCUAGUACUUGGAAAAUAAAGUGUUCAGCUAGAGCUUUGCCACAGAGGGCCCUAAGACAGGAUAUCCCAAGUGCACUUUCUAAUGUUUCUGGGUCCGAAGAAUCAAGACCUAAAAUAAUUUUACUCCACAGACUGUUAACUAUAGGAGCCUUAAUUUUUCUUUCUUAGAGGUUUGUUUAAUUGCAUCUCAGCAAUUAUUCUGCCCUCCUAAACUUGGGAAGGGGUGUGUUUUCUCGGGAAUUGUACAUGUCUUCCAUGUAUCUUUUGAGCUGGCAAUUGUCUAUUUAUCUUUUUUUUUUUUUUAAGUCAGUAUGGUCUAACACUGGCAUAUUCAAAGCCACAUCAUUUCUACUCCAAAAUUGCAAGUAAUCAAAGGUCUUUGGGUUAGGCAUUCAUGUUUCUAUCUGAUUUUGUGCAAAAGCUUCAACUUAAAACAGCUACAUUAGAAAAAGAGGCGCUCCCCCUGCCCCAGCACCUAAAGGUGUAUUUAAACUAUCUUGUGUGAUUAACUUAUUUAGAGAUGGUAUAAUUUAAAUUAGGUGAUAUUUAAGGUAGCAUCAGCUAGCUUUUAGGAAAAAUCACUUUGUCUACCCAGAAUUCUUUUUAAAAAGAAUUCUGGUCUUAUUUGUUAGAAAAUGACAUUUUAUUUUGUGCUCGGUUAAGUUUCAAACUUGUUAUCUUGAUAACAAAGGCACUAGAAAGCUUUCUCCCAUUUCCUCAUUAGUUUCUGCAUGAACAUCAUACAAAUCAGUUAGCUUUUAGGUCAAGGGCUACCAUAUUCCUGGGUCUUCAGCUAAUAAAGUUUACGUUAGAGUUAGUGCCAGAAUUUUAGGAACUUCAGAGAUCAUAUAUUGAGAUUACUUACAUAAGGCUUCAGGUAUUGCUUUAUUGCUUUUUUGUAUUGGUUAAAAUUGUACAUUUAAAAUUGCUUUGUUACUAUUUUCUACAAUUAAUAGUUUAUUUUAAAAUAAAUUAGUUGUUAAGAGUCUU